AAUAAGCAACCAAGGGCGCAUCCAAGUGAACUAGGGUUGCUAUUUACUACUAGACGGAGCCACCCAUCCUAGAAAAUAUAGUGCCCUCCGAGGCUCCAACCAUGUCUAUAUCUGUGGAGCCUCUUAUUGUUGGGCGGGUUAUUGGAGAAGUUCUUGAUUCAUUCAACCCAUGCAUGAAGAUGAUAGUAACCUACAAUUCAAACAAGCUUGUUUGUAAUGGUCAUGAAUACUACCCAUCAGCGGUUGUAUCUAAACCAAGAGUUGAGGUCCAGGGGGGUGAUAUGCGGUCUUUCUUCACAUUGGUUAUGACAGACCCAGAUGUGCCAGGACCAAGUGAUCCAUAUCUAAGGGAACACCUACAUUGGAUUGUAACUGAUAUACCUGGAACAACAGAUGCCUCUUUUGGACAGGAAAUCAUAAGCUAUGAGAGCCCAAAGCCCAGCAUUGGCAUCCACAGGUUCAUUUUUGUGCUCUUCAAGCAGAAGCACAGGCAAACUGUAGUUGUGCCAUCCUCUAGGGAUAAUUUCAAUACACGGAGGUUUGCUGAGGAGAAUGAACUUGGCCUUCCUGUGGCCGCCGUCUACUUCAAUGCUCAGAGAGAGACUGCGGCCAGGAGGCGCUAAAAAAUCCAGCUCUCAUUGUACCAGCUGUGAUAAAUAAAAGCCGUCCAAUAGUUUCUCCUGUGGUCAACAUUGUCCGCCACACAACUAGGUUGUGGAUCAAUGCUUCAUUACUACAUCAUUUGCCUCUAGAAAAUCUACAAUAAACCAAAUGCAUUUUACAGAAUGUAUUAGUAUCAAAUUGUGUUUUCUGCAUCAAAUAAAUAUGUAACGGAUUGUUCUUGUAAGAAGUAAGAUUGAGAGUCAUGCUAAAUACCAGUGCAUUCACAUGCCAAUCUUAGCAACCUAUCACUGGA